GAUAUAUUUAGGCUUAAAACCUUGUUUUGUGAUAAUCCUUCAUCAAGCCAUGAAUCAUUGCUCACAUUUCUAACGGUAAUGAACAUCAAGUGUUUGAUGUAAUGCUUUAGUGAUAUUUUUAAGCCUUGAUUUCACAUGUUCUUUGUCGUUUCGCAUACAUAGUUACCUCAUGAGAUAUUCUCUGCGAUUUCCACUCAUUUUGGGGUUAAGUGUGUAGGUACCAUGGAAGGAACAUCCAAGAAAUGCUCUCGGUCACAGAAAUACUACUCCAACACCUUCAAAACCAAAGAAGUGAAGAAGCUGUAUGCAAAUAGGUUCAAGCAGAGAGCUGUGCUUGCUGAGCGAGGAGUGACAUGCGCAGAUUUUUCCGGGGAAUUUGCCGAUAAGCGAGGAUUGAGGGGAUCCGAAUACAGUGCACGGAGACCUUGCUUGAAAGGGCACCCAAUUUCUACCGAAAUCCCAUAUCUUAUGUCUUCCGACAGUGCCCAAUGCUGUUCUUCCUCUAGUUCCCACUCCCCUACCCGCAAGAACCCUCGUAGGCAGACCCUCCUCAGCAGGCCAAGAACACGUUCUUCGAAGCCCUAUUUCCUUAGAAGCAGCACUCAAAGGGAUUGCAUGCAGCAAACCAGCACUCUCAAGGUGAAAAAAAGCUUUGGGACGUUCGGCUAGAAGGGACACAAGCGGUCAUAGUCCCAAAAGUAAGGAAAAAGGACCAAUGCUCGAUGAGUGGUCAUUUCAGGGUAAGGGCAAGCUAGGCGAUGGUGACAUUUCUAUGGGGCCUAGUAGCAAUAUGCCCAAAGAAGUUCAAAAAAUAGCAAAGGCGAAGACAGAUCUCACACGUGUCAACUCUUACCACUAUAUCCCGCUUUCUUCGACCGUGCAUAGCACAUGCACAUCAGCUCAUCCCAGGCGUCAAUGUAUGAAAUUGCUCAAUGAGCUAUUUCACGAGUCAUCAGUUGAUACUUACUUUGAGGCAAUUAGUGUAUUUCUUGCUUCUGAGCAAGUCCAAUGGGAUUUCAUAAGGAUGUCCGACGAUCAUAGGAGGUCGUGGUUAUCGCAGUUGUUGCCUUAGAAUAUUGUUUUCCUUAACUCAUUUGUUGUUGUUGUUUUAUUUAUUUACUUUUUUAAUAGGUAAAUUUAUCCUUGUGUUUAUCAGUUCCUAUAAACUAAACUUUUUUUGCUCCCCUU